AUGAAACUUAUUUCAACUUGUGAAAAACCAUCAUUCAAAAAAUUACUUACUGGAUUGACUAAUGAUAAUUUUGUGCCGAAUAGAAGAAUAAUAAGAAACGAGUUAGUAAAUAAGUAUAACGAUUAUGUAAAUUACUUAAUAGUGAAAAUUUCUAUGCAAAAAUAUAUUUGUGUAACAACGGACAUUUGGAGUUCACUGAACAAGAGUUAUUUGGGGAUGACCAUGUACUAUAUAGAAGAAAAUACGUAUCAGCGUUUUUCAUAUGUUAUAGCUUGUCGAAGAAUUGAAGGUAGCCAUAACUACAUAAAUAUUGCAAAAUCCAUAUCUGACAUUUUGACAAGUUAUAAAAUUGAUGUUAAAAAAAUAUCACACACAGUCACCGAUAAUGCGUCUAAUUUUGGUAAGGCAUUUCGCAUUUAUUCUCAACAAUUUACUGCUGAACUGCCAGAACCCACUGCGAAUAUUUACUUAACCUUAAAUGACCGAAGUAUUAAUCAGCUAAUAGAUGAUAUUGAUCAAAGUGCUGAAAACAUUUCUGGACCAGAUUCAGAAUUUAUACAAAAUUAUAUGGAUAAUGAACCUGACGAUAUAGAAGUAAUAAAUGUAUCUGAUAUUUUAUCAAAUUAUGAAGACACUGAAAAUGAAAAUAAUGACAAUGAAGAUGUUGACAUAAUUUUAUCGACUCAUAUGACAUGUUCAGCACAUACCUUAAAUUUAGUAGCUACAACUGAUACUGCCAAGAUUACAGAUUUAAGUUACAAAAAAAUAUCAAGAUCUGCCUUUGGUAAACUUUCAUCUUUCUGGAAUUUGCUAAGCAGAAGUACUGUGGCUUCAGAUCUAACUUAUAAAAUAUGUCAGUCUAAAUUUCCAAUAAAUGUAGUUACACGAUGGAACUCUUUCUUUGAUUCCAUCAAGAAGGUUAUACUUUGCCGUAUAAAAGUGAUCGAUUGCUCCGAACAAUUAAAGCUUUGCAAAUUAAAAGUGACUGAAUGGAACUUUUUGGUUGAAUACAUCAAAGUCAUGGAACCCUUAACAACAGAAUUAGAUAAACUACAGGGAGAAAAAUCAUGUUAUCUUGGAUAUGUAGCUCCAACUAUUAUUACAAUGAGACAUAUAUUAAUGGAACAAACUCAUUUGGUCUACUGUGCAGCAUUGUCAAAGGCUAUUAUAAAAGGUCUAGAAAAAAGAUAUUAUUUUAUUUUUGAUUUAAAAGACCCAAAAAGUAAGCCAUACAUAUUAGCUGCAGUAAGUCAUCCCAAGUUUAAGAUGGAUUGGAUGCCACAGCAAUUUUCUGAAGAGCUGUUCAUCUCAGAAUGCAAUGAAAUUGGUUCUCUCAUAGAUAUUGAAACUGGGAACUCUACAGUAUCAGACGAUGAUAGUGACGAUGAUUUCUAUAGUUCAUUAUUACCGAGUUCUCCAUCGUCAGGAAGUUUUGACAGUUCAUGUCAAAGAAGUGAUAACAUGACAAGUGUACAGGGACUAUCUUUUUUGAAUUAA